AUGACUGGCUCUCCGGCGUCAUCAAGCUGCCGAGGCUUCAAGCUCUUUUUCUUUUUGCCUCUACACCGCCUCCUGUUGUUGUUUCUGGUUUUGCUUGGGACCCUGGCCAACAAACUUAACGUGCCACAGGUGUUGCUACCCUUCGGCCAAGAGCCAGGCCGGGUGCCUUUCCUGCUGGAGGCGCAGCGGGGCUGCUACACUUGGCAUUCCACCCAUCAUGAUGCAGUUACUGUUGAGCCUUUAUAUGAAAAUGGCACCUUGUGUUCCCAAAAAGCUGUACUCAUUGCUGAAUCUACGCAACCGAUACGCCGCAGCAGUAUUAUUCUUGCUCGAGAAAUAGUGACUGACCAUGAGCUACGCUGUGAUGUUAAGGUUGAUGUGAUAAACAGCAUUGAAAUUGUAUCUCGGGCCCGGGAACUUUAUGUAGAUGAUUCGCCACUGGAACUGAUGGUGAAGGCAUUGGAUGCUGAAGGAAAUACUUUUAGUAGUUUGGCAGGGAUGAUGUUUGAGUGGAGCAUUGCCCAGGACAACGAGUCAGCAAGAGAAGAACUGUCCAGCAAAAUUAGGAUUCUUAAAUACUCUGAAGCAGAAUAUGCUCCCCCAUUGUAUAUAGCCGAGAUGGAAAAAGAGGAGAAACAAGGAGAUGUGAUUUUAGUGUCUGGGAUUAGAACUGGUGCUGCUGUUGUAAAAGUUCGAAUUCAUGAACCAUUCUAUAAGAAAGUGGCAGCAGCAUUAAUACGUCUGCUUGUUUUGGAGAAUAUAUUUCUUAUACCAUCCCAUGAUAUUUAUCUCUUAGUAGGAACAUAUAUUAAAUACCAAGUUGCAAAAAUGGUUCAAGGGAGAAUGACAGAGGUGAAAUUUCCCCUGGAACAUUAUAUACUGGAAUUGCAAGACCAUAGAGUUGCACUUAAUGGGUCUCAUUCUGAGAAAGUGGCUUUACUGGAUGACAAAACAGCCAUGGUGACUGCCUCCCAACUGGGCCAGACUAAUCUUGUCUUUGUCCAUAAAAAUGUUCAUGUGCGAUCUGUGUCUGGACUCCCGAAUUGCACCAUAUAUGUUGUCGAGCCUGGAUUUUUAGGUUUCACUGUCCAACCUGGAAACCGAUGGAGUCUAGAGGUGGGACAGGUGUAUAUCAUUACAGUAGACGUCUUUGAUAAAAGCAGCACAAAGGUCUAUAUUUCAGAUAAUCUCAGGAUUACACACGACUUUCCUAAGGAGUACUUUGAAGAGCAACUAACUACUGUGAAUGGAUCUUACCAUAUAGUAAAAGCCCUGAAAGAUGGUGUUGUGGUAAUAAGUGCAUCCCUGACCUCCAUCAUUUACCAGAAUAAAGAUAUUCAGCCUAUAAAAUUUCUAAUCAAACACCAACAAGAAGUGAAGAUUUAUUUUCCCAUCAUGCUUACACCCAAAUUUCUGGCAUUUCCUCACCAUCCUAUGGGAAUGUUAUAUCAUUAUAAAGUACAGGUAGAGGGUGGCAGUGGCAACUUCACCUGGACUUCUUCUAAUGAAACAGUGGUCAUAGUAACCACUAAAGGAGUAGUGACUGCAGGUCAGGUCAGGGGGAAUAGUACUGUUUUGGCCCGAGAUGUACAAAAUCCCUUUCGAUAUGGAGAAAUUAAGAUACAUGUCCUGAAACUGAACAAAAUGGAACUGUUACCAUUUCAUGCUGAUGUGGAGAUUGGCCGGAUUAUAGAAAUCCCCAUUGCAAUGUAUCACAUAAAUAAAGAGACCAAAGAAGCCAUGGCAUUCACAGACUGCUCUCAUUUAUCCUUGGAUCUGAACAUGGAUAAACAAGGAGUCUUUACUCUUCUCAAAGAAGGUAUUCAAAGACCUGGACCAAUGCAUUGUUCCAGUACACAUAUUGCAGCUAAAUCUCUUGGCCAUACUCUGGUAACAGUAAGUGUGAGUGAAUGUGACAAGUACGUGGAGAGCAGUGCUACAUUUGCUGCUUAUGAACCCCUAAAGGCUCUAAAUCCUGUGGAAGUGGCAUUGGUGACAUGGCAGUCUGUGAAGGAAAUGGUAUUUGAAGGGGGUCCUCGUCCAUGGAUCUUGGAGCCCUCCCGAUUUUUUUUGGAAUUGAGUGCGGAGAAGACAGAGAAGAUUGGAAUAGCACAAGUGUGGCUGCCAUCGAAGAGAAAACAGAACCAGUACAUCUACCGGAUCCAAUGCCUGGAUUUAGGGGAACAAGUUCUCACAUUCCGAAUUGGAAAUCAUCCAGGUGUCCUGAACCCUAGUCCAGCUGUAGAGGUUUUGCAGGUUCGCUUCAUAUGUGCCCACCCUGCCAGUAUGUCAGUAACUCCAGUAUACAAGGUGCCAGCUGGUGCCCAGCCAUGUCCUCUGCCACAGCACAACAAACAGCUGAUUCCUGUGUCAAGACUGAGGGACACAGUCCUGGAACUAGCAGUGUUUGAUCAACAUAGGAGAAAGUUUGAUAAUUUCAGUUCACUAAUGCUAGAAUGGAAAUCCUCCAAUGAAACACUAGCCCAUUUCGAAGAUUAUAAAUCAGUGGAAAUGGUAGCAAAAGAUGAUGGCAGUGGGCAGACCCGGUUACAUGGUAUUGUGAAAAUAUACAAGUCUUUUCAAACUGAUCACAUGUGGAAUGGAGUCACUCAGGCCAAAACAGGAAAAAAAUUCAAGUACCUGUUUCCCAAGUUUACAUUGUGCUGGACUGAGUUUGUAGACAUGACAGUCCAUGUGCCCUGUGAAACCCUCGAAUACAUUGAAGCCAACUAUGGUAAGACCUGGAAGAUUCCUGAUGAAGUACAGAUUGAAGUUGUUCAGCUAAGGGCUGUUAGGAUCCUUGCAGCUGCAACUCGGCUCAUCACAGCUACCAAGAUGCCAGUUUAUGUCGUGGGAGUUACCAGUACCCAGACCCCUUUCUCCUUCAGCAAUGCUAAUCCUGGGCUGACAUUCCACUGGUCUGUGAGCAAAAGGGAUGUAUUGGAUCUAGUGCCCAGGCAUUCAGAGGUUUUUCUACAGCUCCCAGUAGAGCAUAACUUUGCCAUGGUUGUCCACACAAAAGCAGCAGGCCGGACCAGUAUCAAGGUCACUGUUCACUGCAUGAACAGUUCCUCUGGGCAGUUUGAGGGGAAUUUGUUGGAACUCUCUGAUGAAGUACAGAUCCUGGUGUUUGAAAAACUCCAACUCUUCUAUCCAGAGUGCCAACCAGAGCAGAUUCUGAUGCCUAUAAAUUCUCAGCUCAAACUCCAUACCAACAGGGAAGGAGCUGCCUUCGUGAGUUCUCGUGUUCUCAAGUGUUUCCCUAAUUCAUCCGUCAUUGAGGAGGAUGGUGAAGGACUCCUGAAAGCUGGUUCCAUUGCAGGUACUGCUGUAUUGGAAGUCACUUCUAUAGAACCUUUUGGAGUCAACCAAACAACCAUAACUGGGGUCCAGGUAGCACCGGUGACAUACCUGCGAGUGAGCAGCCAACCCAAGCUAUACACAGCCCAAGGAAGGACCCUGUCAGCAUUUCCCCUGGGCAUGUCUCUCACCUUCACUGUUGAGUUUUAUAAUAGUAUCGGAGAGAAAUUCCACACACACAGUACCCAGCUUUAUCUGGCUCUGAACAGAGAUGACUUGCUGCUUAUUGGACCAGGGCAUAAGAACUAUACUUACAUGGCCCAGGCUGUGAACAGAGGGCUGACACUUGUGGGGCUUUGGGACCGGAGACAUCCAGGCAUGGCAGAUUACAUUCCUGUUGCUGUAGAGCAUGCCAUUGAGCCAGACGCUAAGCUUACCUUUGUUGGAGAUGUCAUCUGCUUCAGUACUCACCUUGUCAGCCAGCAUGGUGAACCUGGGAUAUGGAUGAUUUCUGCCGACAAUAUUCUACAGACAGACAUUGUCACUGGAGUAGGAGUGGCCAGGAGUCCAGGGACUGCAAUGAUUUUUCAUGACAUCCCAGGAGUAGUGAAAACAUAUCGAGAGGUGGUGGUCAAUGCAUCAUCAAGAUUAAUGCUCAGUUAUGACCUCAAGACUUAUCUCACCAAUACCCUCAAUUCAACUGUAUUCGAGCUCUUCAUCACCACUGGCAGAAAUGGUGUCAAUCUUAAAGGAUUCUGUACCCCAAACCAGGCCUUGGCCAUUACAAAAGUACUUCUUCCAGCAACCCUCAUGCUGUGCCAUGUACAGUUCAGUAAUACUUUGCUAGACAUUCCAGCAAGUAAAGUCUUUCAUGUCCAUUCAGAUUUCAGUAUGGAGAAAGGGGUUUAUGUCUGCAUAAUAAAGGUUCGACCGCAGUCAGAGGAGCUGCUGCAGGCCCUCAGUGUGGCUGACACCUCAGUCUAUGGGUGGGCUACACUGGUCAGUGAACGUAGCAAGAAUGGAAUGCAACGAAUCCUCAUUCCUUUCAUCCCAGCUUUUUAUAUUAACCAGUCAGAAUUGGUUCUUAGCCACAAACAAGAUAUCGGAGAGAUAAGAGUACUGGGAGUGGACAGAGUUCUUGGGAAGCUAGAGGUCAUCUCCAGCUCCCCAGUUCUAGUGGUCACUGGCCAUAGCCGCUCUCCCCUCACUCCUGGCCUGGCCAUCUACUCUGUAAGAGUGGUCAACUUCACUUCCUUCCAGCAGAUGGCAUCACCUGUUUUCAUCAAUAUUUCCUGUGUACUCACCAGUCAAAGUGAGGCAGUGGUAGUGAGGGCUAUGAAAGAUAAGUUGGGUGCAGAUCAUUGUGAAGAUUCAGCCAUCCUCAAGCGGUUCACUGGCUCUCACCAGAUCCUGCUCUUGACCCUCUUUGCAGUGCUGGCAUCAACAGCUUUCAUCUUCCUAGCGUACGACGCCUUCCUAAACAAGAUACAAACAGUUCCAGCUGUGUAUGUAUCAACUCUAGGAACACCACAACCAGGUUCUUUUAACUCUACAAGUUCUCCCCCUCACUUCAUGAGUCUACAACCUCCAUUGGCCCAAAGUCGGCUGCAACAUUGGUUAUGGAGUAUAAGGCACUAA